AUGAAGCCAGCGCAACCCAUCAUUCUCCACCACCUCAACAACUCCCGCUCUCAGCGCGUGCUGUGGCUCCUCGAGGAACUUGAUGUUCCCUACACAAUCCAGAAGUACGAACGAGACCCCAAAACCGUCCUCGCCCCACCCUCCCUGAAACAAAUCCACCCCCUCGGUAAAUCCCCCAUCAUCACCGACGGCUCAACUGUCAUCGCCGAAUCCGGCGCGAUCAUAACCUACCUCCUCGAGACAUACGCUCCCCACCUCAUCCCCUCCCCCUCCACCCAAGAAGAGCAAUACAGGCGCUAUGUGUACUACAUGCACUACGCCGAAGGCACCCUCAUGCUCUACCUCGUCAUCGCCCUCGUCAUGGACAAGAUUGCAUCCGCACCUAUGCCAUUCUUCGCUCGUCCUAUCGCGUCAAAGAUCGUUGCCUCGGUCCGCGAUGCGUACUUGUCCCCCAACCUCGAACAAAACUUUCAGUUCUUGGAAAAGGAGCUGGAGGGCCGUGAAUGGUUUGCCGGUGGUGAGACGUUCAGUGGGGCGGAUUUCAUGAUGUUGUUCCCUAUGGAGGCUGCGGUGAAGAGAGGCGGUGCUGGGAAGGGGUUUGAGAACAUCAAGAACUGGGUUGAGAAGGUACACGAGAGGCCGGCAUACAAGAGGGCUUUGGAGAAGGGUGGAGAGUAUUCUUACUUCUAG